GUAGCUCUACCCCCAGCUGGGGCCUCUUGCUGCAGCGCCCACCAAGGUGAUGAAGAUGGCUGCCACCAUAGCCAGGAUGAAGCCAGCUGGGAGCCAUGAGCCUUUUCUUGAUUGCAAGCUUGUUUCGUCGUCCGAGAAAAAUGGCAAAGAACAGAAGCAGCUUCGUAUCAGACUGGCUCCAAUUGAUGCCAUUUAUUCAGAGGAAUGGCUCUUGCAGUUCCUUCAGUUUCUUCAGAGGGAUGCUUUUUGCCAUCUACGACCUCAUCCGUUGGGGAAAGACCAUCAGCAGGACUUGGGUGAUGGACGGCAACAAGGUGUUGAUGACUUGAGAGGAAGUUUUAUGAGAUCGGCAGCAGCCAGACGGGUGACAAAAGACUUCCAACCAAGGCAGCCACCACACAGUUCACCAUUCCAAUUUAAUUUGGUUAUGGGGGACCUACAGCUAGUCUUACCAUCGUGCAGCUCAGAGGGUUCAGGGGAGUUCCGAAAAGGGGAGAGUGGUCGCAGGAAAUUUUCUUCCAUGCUGUGUGCUCCCUUUAGAAUGCCUGCCAGGGAUCCUGCAAUCAGUGAGAGGGGAGUUGGCAGUAGCCCAAUCCACAGGAGUGCCACAGGCAGCCUGAAUGAGGCUGCAAACACUGAUGGGGUAGCUGCAAGUGGGUCAGGAUACAAGGUUGCUGAUAAUGGGAUGACAAGCAGGCUGUUCUCAGAGCCAACUCUGCGCCCUAUUGACGCAGAUAGGUUAUUGCUGCUGACCAGUGGGGCAGAGCAGGAGGAGGAAGGAAAGGCCAAAAGUAAGGAUAAUGCAGGAAAAACUGGUGGUGGAGCUGAGGUAGACGGAGGUUUGAAUGCCGAAGUUGAUGGUAUUUGCAUCCAGGCACUUGUGCUUAUGGUUGGUGGGCUUACCCUGUGCACCAGAGAAGCUCUGAAAAGCUCAGUGAAGCGCAAGCUGAGUGAUUGUGAGCGGUGGAUGAGGAAAUAUGAAGGGUGCAAAAAGGAUGGAUCUUCUCCAUCAUCGGAAAGCUUUUCUCUGUGUUUCACAAUCGAAAUGUGCCUUGCAAAGCUCCAUGUUCAUCCCGAGCACUCAGUUCAGCUAACCAGUGAGCGGUUGCAAGUGUUUGACAAGGUGGAAGUGUCCUCCAUACUUGGCUUUGGCCUCCAUUCGGACUGUGCUGCAGCUUGCCCCCAGCUUGUUUACAUGUCCUUCAAGUGUUUGGAGCUAAGGUGUUCAGUAUCCUCCUUUGCACUAGGCGAACUGUCCUGCCUGCAGAGACUGGCGAACACCAUAAAUAGCUGGGUAUCGAACUUCAGAUAUCCGGGAUAUCAGGAGAGGAGGGCACUUCCAAUUCAGCGCUUGGGGUCGACCCGUCGUCCAGACGCUGGCUCAAAUUCAUCCUCUGUAUGUCAGAAGGGGCUGAUUGCAAGUGUGGAAGUAAAGGUCUCCAUUGUCUCUAUUGCAAUGGUGCAAUAUUGCCCAAAGGAACAUCAUUCACAGUGUACAUGUGAAAUCUGCUUGUCACUUUGUGAAGCUCCGAGGAACAGCAAUGCUGGAAAUGAAUCUCGGCAAAUAUUUGAUGUACAACUUCGGGAUGUCCAAUUCUUACACCAACAUGGCUGUGGAAAGGUAUGUGAUCCGCUCGACCAUCUGUGGUCUUGCAAUCCAGAGGGUCGUCUUUUUUGUUUCAACAUCCAUGCAGGGCCAACUAUUGAAGGUGAUAUGAGCAUCCCCCAAUAGUAGGCUCCCCAUUUGUAGUUGCCUCCAAUUUAUUGGCACGGAGCUGCAGCUGCUGGAAACCGGGUCCAGUGUCCCACUUA